CCGGCUGCAGCUCGGUGCGCGCCGCUCGCUGGACUCCCUCGCCCCGCAGCAUGGACCCGGCUCGCCGCCUGCUGCCCCUCGGGCUCUGCAUCGCCCUGUGCCUGUGGGGCACCGUGGCCCAGAAUCAUGGCGUACAAGCUGUUCCCGCCCCUGCAGGUACCACUGGGGACUGCAACAGCCAUAUGCUGUGCCCAGCAAACGCCAAGUGUGUGAACAGCACCCACUGCACCUGCCUGGAUGGAUACCAGCCACAUGGGAAUCGCUUCUUCACCGACCCAACAGAGACCUGUGACGAUAUUAAUGAGUGUCUGGGGCCGAGCCCACCAGACUGCGGACGCAUCGCACACUGCAACAACGUGCCUGGGAGUUACUACUGCACCUGCAGCGAUGGCUACGAGCCCAGCUCUGGGAAAGCCAACUUCACGCACGCGAGUGAGAACAGCUGCCGGGAUAUUGACGAGUGUCAGGGCCCGAGCCCGGCAGACUGCGGACCCCACGCAAACUGCACCAACGUGCCUGGGAGUUACUACUGCACCUGCAUCGAUGGCUACGAGCCCAGCUCUGGGAAAGCCAACUUCACGCACAGGAGUGAGAACAGCUGCCGGGAUAUUGACGAGUGUCAGGGCCCAAGCCCGGCAGACUGCGGACCCCACGCAAACUGCACCAACGUGCCUGGGAGUUACUACUGCACCUGCAUCGAUGGCUACGAGCCCAGCUCUGGGAAAGCCAACUUCACGCACAGGAGUGAGAACAGCUGCCGGGAUAUUGACGAGUGUCAGGGCCCGAGCCCUGCAGACUGCGGACCCCACGGAAACUGCACCAACGUGCCUGGGAGUUAUUACUGCAGCUGCAUCGAUGGCUACGAGCCCAGCUCUGGGAAAGCCAAGUUCACGCACAUGAGUGAGAACAGCUGCCAGGAUAUUGACGAGUGUCAGGGCCCGAGCCCGGCAGACUGCGGACCCCACGCAAACUGCACCAACGUGCCUGGGAGUUACUACUGCACCUGCAUCGAUGGCUACGAGCCCAGCUCUGGGAAAGCCAACUUCACGCACAGGAGUGAGAACAGCUGCCGGGAUAUUGACGAGUGUCAGGGCCCAAGCCCGGCAGACUGCGGACCCCACGCAAACUGCACCAACGUGCCUGGGAGUUACUACUGCACCUGCAUCGAUGGCUACGAGCCCAGCUCUGGGAAAGCCAACUUCACGCACAGGAGUGAGAACAGCUGCCGGGAUAUUGACGAGUGUCAGGGCCCGAGCCCUGCAGACUGCGGACCCCACGGAAACUGCACCAACGUGCCUGGGAGUUAUUACUGCAGCUGCAUCGAUGGCUACGAGCCCAGCUCUGGGAAAGCCAAGUUCACGCACAUGAGUGAGAACAGCUGCCAGGAUAUUGACGAGUGUCAGGGCCCGAGCCCGGCAGACUGCGGACCCCACGCAAACUGCACCAACGUGCCUGGGAGUUACAACUGCACCUGCAUCGAUGGCUACGAGCCCAGCUCUGGGAAAGCCAACUUCACGCACGCGAGUGAGAACAGCUGCCGGGAUAUUGACGAGUGUCUGGGCCCGAGCCCGCCAGACUGCGGACCCCACGCAAACUGCACCAACACGCCUGGGAGUUACUUCUGCACCUGCAUCGAUGGCUACGAGCCCAGCUCUGGGAAAGCGAAUUUCACGUGUGCGAGUGAGAACAGCUGCCAGGAUAUUAGCGAGUGUCUGGGGAUUGCUGGAGUAACCUGUGGACCCCACGCAAAGUGCAUCAACAUGUCUGGGAAUUACUCCUGCACCUGCAGGGAUGGCUACAAGCCCAGCUCUGGGAGAGCCAAGUUCAUGAACGCGAGUGAGAACAGCUGCCGGGAUAUGGACAAGUGUCAGGGCCUGAGCCCGGCAGACUGUGGACCCCACGCAAUCUGCACCAACGUGUCUGGGAGUUACUACUGCACCUGCAUCGAUGGCUACGAGCCCAGCUCUGGGAAAGCCAAGUUCAUGAACGCGAGUGAGAACAGCUGCCAGGACAUUGACGAGUGCCAGCGAAACACCACAAUCUGUGAGCCCCACGGGAACUGCAUCAACAUGCCAGGGACUUACAUGUGUAAAUGCAGAGAGGGAUUUGGGAAGAGUCAAAAGGAUACGGCUAAGAUCUGCACAGACAUCGACGAGUGCAACAAGACCCCAGAUAUCUGUGGCCCCAACGCCACGUGUAUCAACACCAUCGGGAGCUACUGGUGUGAGUGCCGGGCCGGCUACGUCCCCUCCAACAGGAACACGACCCUGUGCCAAGAGCUCACCUGCCCCCAGCUGCUGGAUGAUGACAACUCUGCCGGAGCCAAGAACCUCCUAGGCAGCUUCCAGACACAGGGGGGAAGUCUCUGCAAGGCGGCGCUGGAAGAGCUGAAGCAGAUGAACUCUCAGGACGCUGAGGGAAAGCUGCAGGGCUCCUUGGCCAUUCUGGAGAAGCAGAUAAAUCUGGUCGGGCAGCAGAGCGAGAGCGUGGAGCGGAGACACCGGAUCGCGACGGAGCUGAUGGCCCUAGUGGAGAAGCUGCUGGGAACGCUGGGCCUGACCGUGCGUGAUAGGAUCAGCAUUGCAUCCCCCAACGGCACAGAGCUGGGGCUGGUGGUCAGGCAGGCUGGGAACCAGAGCCAGGAGACCGUGACGCUGCAGCAGAGCAAGACGCAGAUGGAAUUAAAGUGGGCCAGAGCCCCAGGGCAGAAAAACGAAGGCUUCACGCUGGCCGGGCUGGUGACAUACCAGGGGAUGAGCCCCAUCCUGGACGGUGCUGGGCGGGUGGAGGCGCCCGAGUGGGAUAAGAUCGGCCGGACGGGGAAGUGGGCGCAGAAGCCGGGGCGGCCCAGCUACCGUGUGCUGUCUCCAGUGGUGUCGGCCUUCAUCAGUGACCCGAACCCCCAGGCACUCGACCUCUCUGUCAGCAUCCGCUUCAGCCACCCGGUGCCGGAGAACAAGACCGACCUGAGCCUCCUCUGCGCAUACUGGGAGCCUGGCAGCAGGCGCUGGGCCACCGACGGCUGCACCCUGCAGAAGUUGAACGCCACCAUCACCCGCUGCCAGUGCAACCACCUGACCAGCUUCGCCGUGCUCAUGGCCUUCUACGAGCUGGAGGACUGGACCCUGGACGUCAUCACCAAGGUGGGGCUGGUGAUCUCGCUGCUGUGCCUGCUGCUGGCCAUCGUCACCUUCCUCUUCUGCCGCGCCCUCAAGGGCCCCCGCACCACCAUCCACCUGCACCUCUGCCUGGCGCUCUUCAUCGCCUACACCGUCUUCCUCACCGGCACCUCCAGCACCGGCAACAAGGUGGUGUGCCGCGUGGUGGCCGGGCUCCUGCACUAUUUCUUCCUGGCCGCCUUCUGCUGGAUGUGCCUGGAGGGCGCCGAGCUCUACCUGCUGGUGGUUCAGGUCUUCACCCCCCACGGCCUCAGGCGCCGCUACAUGUUCCUGCUGGGCUACGGAGUGCCGGCCCUCAUCGUGGGCGUCUCGGCCGCCACCUACAGCCAGGGCUACGGCACGGCGCGCCACUGCUGGCUCUCGCUGGAGAAGCAAUUCAUUUGGAGCUUCCUGGCGCCCGUCUGCAUCAUCAUCUUGGUCAACGCCGUGAUCUUCGUGGUCACCGUCUGGAAGCUGUCGCUGAAAUUCGCUGACAUCAACCCUGACAUGAGCCAGCUGAAGAAGCUCAGGGUGCUCACCAUCACGGCCAUCGCCCAGCUCUGCAUCCUGGGCACCACCUGGAUCUUCGGCAUGUUCCAGUUCAACCAGCGCAGCCUGGUCGCCUCCUACAUCUUCACCGUCCUCAACAGCCUGCAGGGGCUCUUCAUCUUCCUGCUGCACUGUCUGCUCAAGAAACAGGUGAGGGACGAGUACCGCAGGUGGCUGAGCUGCGGCGGCCUCAAGGGACCGGCCAAGUCCUCCGAGUUCUCCAGCUCGACCAUCACGCGGCAGGGGCUCCAGCCGUCGCAGGACUCAGGGUUCUAACUCUCUUGUGCUCAGCCCAUUUCUGGACACCGCAGCUUUGCACAUGAGAAAACCCGGCCCCCUGCCCCUGGCCUGGCCCUGCCCGUGAGCAGAGACCCACCUUGCACCUGGACUCGCCGCAUGCAGAUGCUUCAACGAUUGCCCAGUGGAACCGUUAUGCUGCCCAGCUGCCCCCACCCGCUGGGCACUCACCAGCCCCAGGCCUGCGCGCUGCCAGCAUCACCAGCAAUAGCGACGGGCAGCAGGGCAGCCACUCAGUCCGAUGCGACGUACUCUGGCCACAGGGGGCGCCUUUCCCUUCGGUACGAACGGGUCCCUGGCCUCGCCUGCGGUACGAUGCUGGGCCGGGCUGAGCGCGGGCAGUGGAGAUGAAUCCAGCCAGCAGUGAUGAACCCACCCCCCAGAGGACCCCGCCCUCCCCACAGGCACUGCAACAUCAGCCACCACCCUUGGCUUCGAUGACGGUACGACACGGCCUGAGCUGAAGGAGGCAAGCGGCCCCUGCCUGUGGCAGCCCCCAGGGCUCGGCUGUCUGUGUCUCACUGGUGACACUUUUUUUUUUAAAUGAUCUUUUUAAAGUUAUUAAAAUAUUAAGUUUUGUGACAAAAACAGCUGCUUCAAGGAGCUACGUCUGUGGU